AUGAUGCCGCGCACCAGGACAUCUCGCAAGUGUUGCUGCGCAACGGCGGUCGCGGCAGCGGGUGCUUUGGCUUUGGCUCCGGGCUUUAUCUCCUCCGGUAUUUCUCGCCGCGCUGGAGCCAGCUCGGAGCAGCCUGUCCAGAGGAGAGCUGCAGUGGCAAAGGCAGACGGAGCAGGGCGAGGCUCCUGGGGACUGUCAGCUGCCGGCGCAUCGACAGCUUUGGUGCUUGGAGCCAGGCUCCACAACCGCCGGCGGAAGCAGACGGAGCGGCAUGCGGAGAAGAGUCCCGUGGAUGCAGCACGUCAACUCGGCGAAGACCUCCGCGGCUUCGUGGACAAAGCGCAGCUCGAUGGCUUCGGGCUAUAG